CAAACAUAAUUUUUACUAUUUAUCUACUAUUUUAUUCAAUUAAAUACAAUUGCUAAAGCAAUUUAAAAGAAAUGUUCCAGUGGAAAUUACUUAGUAUCCUUAUUGGAAGUAAGACUGCUCAUGAGGGGAUUCCUGUCUUGAAGAAUGCCAUGAUGCCAACAGCUCUUACCUAAACAAAACCUCAGAGCAGGUGGAGUCAAAGCAGCAGCUGCAUGUGAUAAAGACAGAGAAGUUUAUAAAGAAUGUGCCCUGUGACAGGUUAAAACAGUUUCACAGAGGACUGUGAUGAAGACACAUUUCAUAGCAGCAGAUAUACUGAAUGUGACGAUAUGAAUAUAUCAAAUUCUACUCCGGAUUUCAGUGGAUUACUGGGCAGUAAACAGAUUAAUGAUCUCUCUACAUUGUACAUAGUGUUGCUCUCUCUCAGUAUAACUGGGAGUUUUUCAGUCUUGCUGGUUUCAACAAUAAGAUGGAGACACCUAAGAGGACAGGUUCACCUCUUGGUGCAGCUCUCUCUGGCCGACCUGCUGGCUGCUAUCGUCCUGCUGUAUACCAGUGUCGUAAGCAAAGUUCACCCAUUCAGUGCUGUCGUCUGCCCAUACCUCCUCCCGCUGUCACUGACAUUUUAUUUCAUUUCAUUCUUGCUGGCCAUCGUUUAUGCCUUGAAGUCGAGGAAUGCCAUCCAGGGCUGGAGGGACAGAGCAGCAGAUGAAGAAUAUGAACAUAGUCAGUGUAGGAGAAAAAUCAAAGCGAUUCCUUUGUAUGCCUUUGUGUGGUUGACGCCACUUGCCAUUUACUUUGUUUAUGUGUGCACUCUGUUGAUAAAACCCGCCACGUUAAUUCCUAAAAGUCCCAGAUCACAGGACGGGCUCAGCGAUAACGGCAGCUCGUACUGUCACAGCUGUAUUUUGUUCUUGCAUGUCUGGAAGGAUCCUUGUGUUGGAGUGGAUAAGACACACAAUACUUUCAUCAGAGUCUUCCUUGCCAUUGCAGUGAUAACAGCAAUGUUGUCUUGCUCUGUUAUAUAUUGGAAAAUCGGGAAGUGGCAUGAAAAAUACAUGCAAGUUGGACUCUUCCCUGUGGAGGGAGAUGGGCAUUUAAGAAGGCAAUUGAAAAGAGUGUUUUCUACAGCACGAAAUAUUGUUAUGGUCAUAUUAUUCUGUUGGGCACCAGCACUCCUCCUUCUUCUGAUUGCUCCCUGGAUCCAAAUGAAUGUUAAACAAGACAGUUUAUAUGGACUAUAUUUGAUACAGGCUGCCACCAUGUCUCUCCAAGGACUCCUAAACAGCAUGGUCUAUGCCUGGAGACGACCGAACUUCACAGAAGCUGUUCUUGGGGAAAUCACACCUCUGCUGAGAUAUAAACAGAAGACUCCCUUCUUUGAGGAAUCUUUUCGUUACUGACAAAAAUAAAUAAAUAAAUAAAUAAAUAAAUAAAUAAAUAAAUAAAUAAAUAAAAAAGAAUGUAGUGAUGUUAUGCUCUGACAUGGAGCACUGAUCUCAGAAAGACAAACUGGACACUUUAUGACGACAUGGCUGUGAAGCCUGAAACACAAACUCAAUUUGUGAACUGAAAAUGUUAAAAAGAUUGUAUUUUUAAUGAAGGAAAAACUUAUUCAUAUGUUUCUGAAACUACUGUGUGAAUUUUGUCAUCCUUUGAUUGAAGUCGUAUUUAUAUCAUUAUAAUUUAGGCUUAAAUGUGUUGAGGAUAUAUGGUAUUCUCUUUAUCAGUAUAUACAGAUGUAUAGAUGUUUUAAGUUA